CCUACCGCCCGUCCGCCCCCGCGAGGCCGCGACUGCCCGCGCCCCGUCUUUCCCGAGGGCGCCGCCACCCGCGCCUCCCGCCGGCUGCCGCCUGAAGCCCGCCCGCUCGCGGCCCCUGCUGCCUGCUGGGCGAGCGCGCCGCGAGCGUCUCCCGCCGGCGCCGUGCGCGGGACUGCGCGGCCGCCCCGAGCCCCCGACCGUCCGGCGCCCGGCUGCAGCAGCUAGCUGCCCGCCUGGCCAGCUCGGUUGCCCAGUUGAAUCCCCUCACCGGACUACCCUAGUUUCAAUUCCUGGGUCCGCCACCGCCGCACACCAAAGGUGCCACCGUCCGCCUGACAUGGCCGAGCCUGCCAACCGGAGGAUGGAGGCCGUCCGCCGCCACCUUCUUCUGCCCCCACCCCCUUCCCAGCCCCAGCCCUCACCCCUUCGCCCGAAUCCGUUGAGCAGCCACACGGUGGUGGAGGUGGAGCCGAGGCCGGUGAUCAUCGGCGGGAUGGUGCUGGAUAUCCAUGCCAAGCCCUCCGUGCCGCCCCAUCCCGGCACGACUGUCCCUGGAACGGUUAAGUAUGUGAGUGGUGGUGUAGCAAGAAAUAUUGCUGAGUGCAUGGCAAAGCUUGGGACACGAUCCUUCAUGAUAAGUGUUGUUGGAAACGAUAUGGCAGGGGACUUCCUUUUAAAAUACUGGAGGUCUGCUGGAUUAUGUACAGAUGGAAUACUGCAGGUUCAUGAUGUUGCAACCCCUGUAGUAUCAAAUGUAUUUGACAGUAGUGGGGAAUUAAUUGCUGGAGUUGCAAGUGUUGGAGCUGUUGAAAAGUUUCUUACUCCGAGCUGGUUAUAUCGCUUCCGUCAUCAUAUCUCUAAUGCACCACUUGUAAUGCUUGAUGCAAAUUUGCCUCCCGACUCCCUAGAAGCAGCUUGCAUAAGUCAAAAGGUUGAUGGUAACAUUAUGUUGAGUUAUUUUUUCCCAGUGGCAUAUGAAUCAGGGGUGCCUGUGUUAUUUGAGCCUGUCUCAGUGGUGAAGAGUCGAAGGAUUGCACCAAUUGCAGAAUAUAUAACUUGCACUUCUCCAAAUGAGAUUGAACUUGUUGCCAUGGCAAAUUCAUUGUCCCCACCGGUGAAAUAUAAUUAUCACAAAAUGGAGCAGUGCAAGGACAAAGCAGAGGCUGUAGAAUAUUUGUUCGAAAUGCUUAGCCCAGCAAUGUUUUUCCUUCUUGAAAAGGGCAUCAAGAUGCUUGUCGUGACACUCGGCUCGAAUGGUGUUUUUAUUUGUUGCAAAGAGCACACUGACUUUGUGAAAGAUCAGCGCAAGUGCAAACAGAUGCCAUUCUCCAAACAGCUACUUGAAAAAUUGGAUGGACGUUUUCCAUCCAACAAUCCUGUUGAUUUGUGCAGAGAAAGCUGUUCAAGGACAUGUGUUUUUCAUUUACCUGCAAUAUCUGCCUCAGUAAUCAGCCUCACUGGUGCUGGUGAUUGCUUAGUUGGUGGUGUCCUUUCAGCUCUAUGUGGAGGCUUGGAUAUCAUCCAGAGUGUCGCAAUUGGGGUUGCUAUAGCAAAGGCAUCUGUGGAAUCUCAAGCCAACAUACCUGAUCACAUUUCUGCUACAAGUGUUUCAGAUGAUGCACAAAAGGUUUUGCUGUCUGCCAGAACACUUUGGUGCAAAUGAAGAUUGAAAAACUAAGGCCAGGGCUUUGGUGCAACUGAAAGACAUUCCAUAGUUAUUGUUGAAGCUAUUGAACUCUGAUGGUGUUCUGUACAGCACAUGAUGGUAUAAGGAUGAAGUUGCUAUCCACAAUGGAUCAGCUGUCGUAAGAAGAGGGAGCGCAGAUCAUAAAUCUCAUUUUCUCCCCUUCUCUCAUUUAAACUUUUUGUAAAUUGUGGGUGAGAGUUUAGUUCAGGGAUCAAAUUGCGCUGUAGCUUUGAAUUAUAUUUGCUAUUCUAAAUUUCUUUUUCAUUAACGUUGCAAGACUGUUGAAUAUGUGUUAUGUAUGAUCAUUUUUUUU